UUGGAGACUUUUUCAGUCAUUCUGGCUCAGCUGUUGGGUUUCAGCCUGGGGAUGGAAUACGAGGACAGCAAAGACUGCAAGUGCCCCGGUCACAUCUGUGUAAUGCACACAAAUGCAGUUAAUUUCAGUGGAAUUAAAAAAUUCAGCAGCUGCAGCGUUGUGGACUUCCAAAAUUUCAUUAAGUUCAAAAGCGCCCCUUGCCUUUCUAAUCGGCCAAAUUUGAAAUUGUACUCUCAGAAGAAAUUGUCCAAAGGGAAACCGGCUUGUGGGAAUGGUGUUUUGGAACCUGGUGAGAAAUGCGAUUGUGGCAGUGUUGAGCAUUGUAAAAGGAGUAAAUGUUGUACUAGCAGUUGCACGUUUCAGCGGGGAGCCUUGUGCAGUAAUGAAUUAUGCUGUGAAAAUUGCAAGUUUAAGCCAAGAAACACAAUAUGUAGACGAGCAUUAGACAAGCACUGCGACUUUCCUGAGUACUGCAAUGGGAGUUCGGCUAGUUGCCCGGCCAAUGUUUACGUUCAAAACGGGGUCAGUUGUGCCUCUAACACCGGCUUCUGUUACGGUGGAUCCUGUCAAUCAGCUGACUUGCAUUGCCAGGAGUUCUUUGGAUCACGGUCAAGAAACGCUCCGCAAGUAUGUUACGAAGCAGUGAACAGCCAGGCUGAUAGAUUUGGGCACUGCGGCUUUGAUCUCAAAAGGAAAUUUAAGACUUGCUCUUUUCGGGAUAUCAGAUGUGGAAAGUUAAUUUGCACAUAUCCCUACGACGCUCCUUUUACUAAAAUUAAUGUUCCCGUCUUGUAUAUACCGGUGAAGAAUGUUGUCUGUGUGUCAUUGGACCUUAAACAUCGAGAAGGUACACCCGACCCUAUGUUGGUGAAAGACGGUACAAAAUGUGGACUUGGUAAGGUCUGUAACAACAACAAAAAUUGCCACUGCGACCCAGGCUGGGCUCCUCCAGACUGCAGUAUAAAAGGAAGUCCUAUGGGAGGGAGUAUUGACAGCGGGCUUCGCUAUCUGGAUUUAGGUCUUAUUCUAGAUCAGAAGAGAGUAGCACAUCGGAAAAAACAAGCUAAACCGGACCUGAUGUGA